UAAUUUUAUUUGUCAUGAGAUGAUAGCGUCACCGUUUGCGAAGGUGGGGUGGGUGUCGCUGCCGCAGGCGCUACUGGGCGCGGGGCUGGGCGCUGCGGACGCGGCGCUGGUGCCGGCCGUGCUGGCGCGCCGCCGCCGCGCGUUGCCGCACCGCGCCGCGCUCUUACAGGCCGCCUCGAGUGCCGCUUACGCUAUAGGCCCGGUGGUUGGCGGGCUGGUGUCGUGGUGCGCGGGUUUCGAGUCCGCGCUGCGUACGCUGGGUGUGGCCAACUUGCUAUACUCCGUCUGCCUGUACCGCGCGCUGGCGGCUCACCCACUCUCCGAGCAGUGGGGCGCCAGCGCGACGCCGGACGACAGCGAGGCGGAGGGCGAGGAGAUGACGCCGCUGGAGCCGAGCAAGCGGCCGCUGCCGUGACUCGCG